AUGUCGUGCUGCGGAGGCAACUGCGGGUGCGGCUCCGGCUGCAAGUGCGGCAGCGGCUGCGGAGGGUGCAAGAAGUACCCGGACAUGGCUGAGCAGGUGACCACCACCACCACCACCACCCAGACUCUCAUCAUGGGUGUUGCACCAUCCAAGGGGCACGCCGAGGGCGGGUUCGAGGCGGCGGCCGCCGGAGCUGAGAACGACGGCUGCAAGUGCGGCCCCAACUGCAGCUGCAACCCCUGCACCUGCAAGUGA